GCCAGGCUCCACCCCGGGCGGUGCGGGAUAAAACUUGGGGCACCUCCCCGGCAGCUCCGCGUCAGGGCUGCGCUCGGACCGGCUGCAGCGCUCAGGAGGUGACACCGCACCGACCACCACCUCCCCCCGGGACGUUUCUGGGGUCUCUCUCCCUUUUCCUGCCACCGGAGGCAGCUGAGCUCCCGCCGCGCCGGGAUCCGCGGGGCCGUGCUCGGUCGGCGGAUGGACCCGCAGCCCGGCGCCAGGAGCUGCAGCCGCGGGGCUCCCGCCUGCGAGGUGGGGCCACCCGAACCCCCCAUGAACCUCUACAUCCACACCACCACCGGCACCCGCUAUGAGCUCUCGGUGCCCGCCGAGGAGACGGUGGAGGGGCUGAAGCGGCGGCUGUCCCAGCGCCUCAAGGUGCCCAAGGAGCGUCUGGCGCUGCUGCACAAAGAGAGCCGCCUCAGCUCUGGCAAACUGCAGGACCUGGGGGUCGUGGAAGGCAGCAAGCUGACACUGGUGCCCACCGUGGAGGCCGGCUUGAUGUCCCAGGCGUCCAGGCCAGAACAGUCGGUGAUGCAAGCUCUGGAAAGCUUAACUGAAACUCAGGUCAAUGACUUCUUGUCGGGCCGGUCCCCGCUGACCCUGGCCCUGCGCGUGGGCGACCACAUGAUGUUCGUGCAGCUGCAGCUGGCGGCUCAGCAGAGCACCGGGCAGCUCCAGCACCGGCACCUCAUCGCCAGCCGGGGCGAGGCGGGGGCCAGCGCCAGCCCCCACUGCCGGACGCUGCACGGGGCCGGCGGCUCCGGCUUCGCCCGCAUCCCCGUGGUGCCCACGUGCCAGCAGAGCCCGGCCCCCAGCCCCACGCCCCCCGCGCCGGCCCCCCCCAUGUACUGUAACGCCCCUCACGCCGCUCCCGUCACCGCCGGCAUGUUCCGGUCGCACGGGGCCAGCACGCAGACGGUGAACAGCAGCGUGGUCUCCUCCUGCUCAGAGGUGGACUGUGGUUCCCGCAGCAGCAGCUCCCCGGGCAGCAGCCCGGCCCCCUCGGCCCGAUCCCGCAAGCCCGGGGCGGUCAUCGAGAGCUUCGUCAACCACGCGCCUGGGGUCUUCUCAGGGACCUUCUCCGGCACUUUGCACCCCAACUGCCAGGACAGCAGCGGGCGGCCGCGGCGGGACAUCGGCACCAUCCUGCAGAUCCUCAACGACCUCCUCAGCGCCACCAGACACUACCAGGGCAUGCCCCAGUCCCUGACACAGCUCCGCUGCCAGACGCAGUUCUCCUCUUCCUCCUCCUCCUCCUCCUCCUCGCCGCCUGCCUCUCCGGACCUCGCCACCAAAACUACCUCAGAGCCGCUGCCGGCGGCCGCCACCCCCACCCUGCACCCCGUCGUCCAGUGCCAAAGCCAGAUCCGGAUGUGCAAGCCCAGUGGGGACCGGCUGCGGCAGACAGAGAACCGGGCGACGCGCUGCAAGGUGGAGCGGCUGCAGCUGCUGCUGCAGCAGAAGCGCCUGCGGCGGAAGGCGCGGCGGGACGCGCGGGCCCCGUACCACUGGGUGCCCAACCGCAAGGCCGGCCGCACCAACAGCAACAGCAGCGUCUCCAGCGAGGGCAGCCUGGACCUGGACUUCGAGGACUCGGUCUGGAAGCCGGAGGUCAAGGCCGAGAUGAAAUCCGAGUUUGUCGUAGCAUAGAGAGCCGGGGGGACUGUGCCGGGGGGGUCCCGCUCGCCGCCCCCGCCCCGGGGAGGCUGCGCUGGUGCCACGGGCCGGGGCUCCUCAAGAUUUGCUGAGAUUUGCUGUCUCCUGCGACCACACGAACCUGCGUGGCAGGGGGAGCCCCCACCCCUCUGCUCAGUUGGGUUUGGGGCGAUGGAUGGGAGGGGGAGCAGCAGGAGCUGCCCCCUCCCUGCAGCCUCCCCAGCUGGGGGGGGGUCCUGGCACCUGGGGGGGCCCUGGGGCGUAUCGAAGCUGCUGCUUUGCUGUGAAGAGGGGCACAGCCAGGUGGGGGGCACUGCCCCACCUUGUGCCACCACCACCCCCCCCCCGGUGCAGGCAGGAGGAGAUGAAGUCUCUCUCGGAGGUGCUGGAGCCCCCCCAGUUUGGGGGCCGUUUGUUUUCCUUCCCUUCUAUAUGUAGCAUUGCUCGGCUGUGGGGCUGGGCCCCCCCAGGGGGACACGUGUGCCUGGGCCCCACCGCCGCAGCCUGGGGAGGGGGGACGGGGGUGGGAGGGCUUUGUUUUUUUGGGGGGGGGUGUUAAUUUUGUUUGGGGGAGGGAGAAGCCGAGGCGCCUUCCCUCCGCGGCCGAGCCCAACUUCCGAGUCGCUGGACUCCUUCCCACCCAACGCUUGGGUGGUUGGAUUUUUUUUUUUUCUUUUU